CAACGUUAUUCACAAGCAAGCAGCAUCUCGCCAAUUCCAACAACCACAAACGAUGGUUUGGCUAACUAUUUCAUCAUUUCCACAGCAAAACCGGUGGUUACUAAGCACAACAUGCAGGACUCUACGAUCUUUGAGUCGCUAGCCAAGAUCUACGAAGUUCGGUGCAUCGGAGAGCCCAAACCAGUGGCUACAUGGUAUAAGGACGGCGAGGAAGUCGUGAACGGCGAAGGCAUCAAAGUUUCUGAGGAGGGAGAAAUUUACAAAUUAACGGUACCGUACACUCUCAUCCCCAAAGACGAGGGUGUUUACAAGAUUCACCUGGAAAACAGGCUCGGCGAGCAGGACCUCGAGUGCAACCUAAAACUGAACCCGGUGGAGCAGCUGCGCAAGCCCAUCCUAAAGAAGGGGCUCAAAGACACGACCGGCAAGAAGGGCGAGAAGGCCGUGCUCACGGCCGUCAUCACGGGUGACCCGGUGCCGGACAUCAAGUGGUGGAAGGACGGUGAGCAGCUGCUGCCGGACAAGGACCCCAACGUCAUCAUCAACUGCGACACCAAGUUCAUCCAGGACGACCUCAAGGAGUGCACGUACUCGGUGACCAUCCCCAGCGCGCGCCACAAGGACACCGGCCAGUACUCGCUCAAGGCCACCAACAAGUUCGGCUCCGUGGAGAGCAGUGCGCUGCUCAACAUCAUUCUCCGUCCAGAGAUCGAGGGCAUGAAGGACAAGACCGGAAUCCCGACCACCAUCACGCAGUUCGAGGUCGUCAUCCACUCCAACCCGGCCGCCGACGUCAAGUGGCUCAAGGACGACAAGCCCAUCGUGGCUGACGACCACUUCGAGGUGUUUGAGGACCGCGAGAACGAGAAGUUCACCCUCCGCGUCAACGACACGGCCACGGACGACCACGGCGUGUACACGGUCACGGCCAGGAACUCGCAGGGCGAGGCCAGCAAGAGCGCGCAGCUCAGCCUGCACACCGAGAAGCCGAGCUUCCUCAAGGACCUCGUCGACCGCAUCAUCAAGGACGACAGCCCCGUCGAGUUUAAGGUGCGCGUCAACGGCGACCCCAAGCCCAAGAUCACGUGGCUCAAGGACGACCUCGAGGUCGUGGUGGACGACCGCGUGACGGUGGACACGUCCAUCGAGGGCGUGGUGACGAGCGUGCUGGCCAUCAGCAACGUGUGGAAGGAGGACGUGGCGCGCUACACGUGCGUCGCGACCAACAUGGUGGGCGAGGCGCGCACCUCGGCGCAGCUCAACAUGGACCAGGCGCCGCCCAUGGUCACCAUCCCGCUCGACAAGUGCAUCGAGGUGGACGAGGGCGAGCCGCUCGAGAUCAAGGGCAAGAUCGACGGCAGCCCCGUGCCGAGCGCCAAGUGGUUCAAGGACAGCGUCGAGAUCGACCCCAAGGACCCGCACGUCAAGAUGACGCUGCUGCCCGACGGCACGGUCAAGCUCAACAUCGACGAGGUGAAGCACAACGACGGCGGCGCCUACAAGGUGGUGGCAUACAACAAAAACGGCGAGAUGGGCUCCAUGUGCGCCGUGGCCGUGAAGCCCAAGCCGCGCUCGCCCGAGUUCGCCCAGCCGCUGGAGAACGUGACGGUGCAGGCCGGGCAGCCGCUCAAGCUGGAGGCCCUCGUCACCGCCUUCCCGGUGCCGGAGGUCAAGUGGUUCAAGGACGGCCACGCCAUCCGCCCGUCCAAGGAGGUCAACUUCAUCAACGACCCCGUCGGCCACGUCGGCCUCCUGAUCGACGCGGCCCGACCCGAGGACGCGGGCGUGUACACGGUCAAGGUGGCCAACAAGCUGGGCGCCAUCGAGGGCAAGGCGGAGGCCGCGGUGCAGGAGCGCGAGCGCAGGCCCAUGUUCCACGCGCAGCUGCUGCCGCAGAAGGUGGUCGAGGGCUUCCCCGUCCGCAUGGAGGUCAAGGUCGUCGGCCACCCGCCGCCGGUGCUUACCUGGACGCAACUUCGCGGCCAAGGUGAUGCACGGCAAGGACAUGCCCGACCUGCCGCUGCGCAAGUUCAUGGAGAACGAGCUGGAGAUGAUGUCGCUGCUGCACCACCGCCGCCUCAUCCGCCUGCACGACGCCUUCGACACGCACAACACGUUCACGCUCGUCACGGACCUGGCGGGCGGCGGCGAGCUGCUGGACACGCUCACCAGCCGCCCCUUCUACACCGAGUGGGACGUGGCGCACUACAUCCGCCAGCUGCUCGAGGGCCUGGAGCACAUGCACAGCCUCAACGUCGCCCACCUCGGGCUAACGGUCGGCGACCUGCUCAUCUCCCACCCGGGCGGCGACGACCUCAAGAUCUGCGACUUCGGCCUGGCGCGCCGCAUCUCGUCGGCCGGGCUGCAGCCGCUGCUCUACGGCAUGCCCGAGUUCGUGGCGCCCGAGGUGAUGCGCGGCGAGGGCGUGUCGCUCAGCGCCGACAUGUGGUCCGUGGGCAUCAUCACGUACCUGCUGCUCUCCGGGCACUCGCUGUUCCGCGGCGAGAACGACCGCGAGACGCUCACCAAGAUCAAGGAGGGCAAGUGGUACUUCGACGAGGACCUGUUCAACAACUACUCGGCCGAGGCGCGCGACUUCAUCACCAAGCUGCUCGCCUACGUGCCCGGCGCGCGUCUCAACGUGGAGCAGGCGCUCGACCAUCCGUGGUUCAACAUCCUGGGCAGGACGCCCUACGACCCGUACCGCAUGAGCUCGGACGCGCUCAAGAACUACUACAACCUGUACAAGGACUGGUACAGCAACGCCUCCUGCCGCAACUGGUACCGCCGCCGGCCGCUCGAGGGGGCCUUCACGCACCCGUCCAAGAUGGUGUACCCGCCGUACGAGCGCUACACACCGGCGCCCACCCCGGAGCGCGAGCCGUACAAGGCGCGCAACUGGGAGGAGGAGAUCCACACCGGCGGCACCGACCUCAACUACGAGAUCGGGCUCGUCAAGUCCGAGAGCCACUACCAGAACGGCCCGGACACGUACCUGCUGCAGCUGCGCGACACGGACUUCCCCGUGCGCCUGCGCGAGUACCUCAAGGUGGCCGCCAACCGCGGCCCGGGCUACUCGCGCAUCGUGUCGGACCAGAGCCACCUCGACUGGAGGGCGCCGGUGAUCCGAGAGCGGCGUCGCUUCACGGACGUGAUGGACGAGGAGAUCGACGACGAGCGUAAGGAGCGCAUCAACAAGUACGGGUCGGGCGACGUGUACAGCCUGCGCCGGCUGCGACACGAGCUCGGCACCCGGCUGGACGGGCAUGCCGAGGCCGAGGCCAUCAUGCAGACCAAGCACGAAGAGCACGACGGCCAGCUGCCCUUCUUCCGGGAGAAGCCGCAGACGGUGCCCAUCGUGGCCAACGAGGUGGUGGAGAUCGCGUGUCUGGCUGUGGGCGACCCCAAGCCCUUGGUGCAGUGGUACAAGUGCGACAUGGUGGUGCAGGAGACGGUCCGCAUCUCGUUCAAGGAGGACGGGGAGGGCCGCAGCAUCCUGCGCCUCGGCCCCGCGCACAACAUGGACAUCGGCAUCUACAAGGUGGUGGCCCGCAACAAGGGCGGCCAGACGGUGGCGCGCUUCCGCGUCGUCCUGGCCGGCGUGCCCUCCUCCCCGGACUCCCCCGACGUGGCGGACGUGUCCGACGACGAGGUGUUCCUGCGCUGGAAGCAGCCCAAGGACGACGGCAACACCGCCGUCAUCUGCUACUCCCUGCAGUACAAGGAAGUUGAUGGUGACCAGUGGCUUGAUGUGGCAAAGAACAUUGACCAUGAGUUCUUUGUGGUGAAAAAUCUUCAGCAAAUGUCCCGAUAUUACUUCAGACUGGCAGCUAAGAACAGAGUUGGGUGGAGUGACUAUGGUAUUCCAAUCAAGGUCAAAACCAAGCCAGCAGGAGUACCGAAGGUUCAGAUCACCCGAGCGAUGGCACAUUUACAGUCCAUCACAGAAUCUGGUGCAGAAGUUAAUGAAAUGGAAGCUGCACCAAAAUUAGACUACACCAUUGAAAACCGACCUCUCAACUGGAUUCCAGAACAUGAUGUGUCUGACAAGUACCACUUUAUAUCUGAGAUAUCAAGAGGGCGAUUUUCUGUUGUGGUUAAGGGUGUGGAAAAAUCCAAUGAUCACAUAGUCACAGGGAAACUCCUUGAGUUGAGUUCUGCCCGAGAAGUAGCUGUGAACAGAGAAUUUGAAGCCUUGCGUCGUUUGCGGCAUGAGAGAAUCGCCCAGCUCCUUGAAGCCUACAGAGCUCCAGGUGCAGAAGUUGCUGUCUUGAUUCUCGAGAAACUUCAAGGUGCUGAUGUUCUCACAUAUUUCUCAUCUAGACACGAAUAUAAUGAGCAAAUGAUCUGCAAUGUUGUUUCCCAGGUAUUAGAUGGUCUUCAGUACUUACACUGGCGUGGUCUGUGUCAUUUAGAUUUACAGCCUGACAACAUUGUCAUGGCUUCAGUACGUAGCUUACAAGUUAAAUUAGUGGAUCUUGGCUCAGCACAGACUGUCAGUAAACUAGGCACAAUAGUUGACCGAGUUGGACAUAUUGAAUACUCAUCUCCAGAAAUGUUGAACGAUGAACCUGUAUACCCUCAAUCUGACAUCUGGUCAUUGGGUGUAGUUACAUAUAUUCUUUUAUCUGGUGUCUCUCCAUUCCGUGGUGAAAACAAUGAAGAGACAAGGCAGAAUAUUCUCUUUGUUCGAUAUCGAUUUGAACAUUUAUUCAAAGAGCUAUCUCAGGAAGCCACAAGAUUUUUGAUGCUUGUUUUCAAGCGCACUCCUUCGAAACGACCAACAAUUGAGGAAUCUCAUGAACACCGUUGGCUUCUUCCAACAGAGUUUAUGAUUAAAAAGAGAGAAAGAGCUUCAUUCCUUGGAAUUCGACUAAAGGAUUUCUGUGAUGAAUACCACACAAUGCGAGCCAGACAAGCUAUCAAUGCUGAUUCCUUGGUUGGUUCAAUGUCUUCGGGUGACUCAGGCCGAAGAUUGACCCUUUCUCGUUCAGACAGCAUAACAGAAGAGCUAAGCAACGCUUUCCAGAAUGGAGCUGUUGUUUGAAAUUAAGCUGAAAAUGUGAAUGACAAUUUAAAUGAGCAUACCAAGGACUCACCCCUGGUCACAAUAUGCUGUAUUUUUUAAAAAUAUUGUGUGCUCAUUCUCUAUUUUCCUGGGGUUAUAAAUGUGAUUGUACAGUUUUAAAUGAUAGUCUAUUUUCUACAGGAUGAAAACAGAUAAAGUAAUUGUAUCAGAAUAUAGAACUGAGCUCAAUAUUUAAAUUUAAAACCUCUUUGUCAAACCAAAAUUACUUAUGCUAAUUUACAAGAUUUUAUCUUAAACAGUAUUCUUCUUUAACUCACAGCACAAUGAGUAUGUGUCAAGAUUAGCAAUGCUUUGUGCAGAUGUGCAAAACUGUUGGUUUACAAAAUUGUGCAAAUUCAUGUAAUGCAGUUACUUAUAAUAAAAGCUAAACCAAAAUUCAAA